AUGAAGUGGACAGCAUCGGCAACAGUUUUUGGUCUCUUGGCCCCUCUCCUGGCCUCGGGUGCUCCUGUUGCUCAGCAGGACGGAGCAGCCGAUACGCCAGUCGUGCAGCCCGCCGAACCAACUACUGGAUAUAUUGUCACGUUGAAGCCUGGCAUUGCUGCCAAUGAAAGUGCAACUCACAUUGCAUGGGCUGGUGAUCUCCAGCGCCGUGGUCUUGUUAAGCGCCAGGAGGCUGACCAAGAGCUAAAGACCUUUGACUUGUUCGACUACAAAGGUUAUGCGGGCGUUUUUGAUGAAGAGACAAUCGCUGAGAUCGAAGCCAGCGACGAGGUCGAACUUGUCGAGCCUGACCUUCCUUGCUAUAUGACGGCACUGGUCACACAGAACAAUGCCGAGUGGGGACUUGGUAGGAUCUCUCACCGUCAAUCUCCAUCCAGUCAGUAUGUGUACGACGACAGCGCUGGGCGUGGCACCUAUGCGUACGUCAUUGACUCAGGUGUGAGCAUCAGUCAUCAAGAGUUUGGCGGUCGUGCUUCUAACGGGGCGAACUUCGUCGGUGGCUCCAACGUCGACUCCGGCGGCCAUGGUACUCACGUUGCCGCUACGAUCGGUGGUCGUACCUAUGGUGUCGCUAAGAACACGAACAUCGUCUCCGUCAAGGUGUUUGGUACGGGUUCUAGCCCUACAUCUGUUAUCAUGCAAGGCUUCCAAUGGGCUGUCAACGAUAUCACCAGCAGAGGUCGCGCCGGUGUGUCUGUCAUCAAUAUGAGCUUGGGCACAGAGCGUGGUGUCGAAACAGCCUUUAACAAUAUGGUCAACACGGCCUACAGCAACGGUGUUUUGUCUGUUGUUGCCGCUGGCAAUGGUGUCACUGACCCGCGUACCGGUGCUUUCAUUGGACCCAUCGAUGCUUCGGAAGUUUCUCCAGCAUCCGCUGCGAACGCCAUCACCGUUGGUGCCAUUGACUCCUCCAAUCGCCGCGCCCAGUUCUCCAACUACGGCACCACCGUUGACAUUCUCGCCCCAGGUGUCUCUGUUCGUUCUGCCUGGAUCGGCUCCAACACCGCCACCAACUCCAUUUCGGGCACAUCCAUGGCCACUCCUCACGUUGCUGGUCUGGUAGUUUACCUCAAGGCUCUUGAAGGCUUGGCCAGCCCAGCUGCGACCACCAACCGACUUGUUCAGCUCGCAACCACAGGACAGAUCAGCGACAUCAGAGGCAGUCCCAACCGCAUUGCCUACAACGGCAAUGGUGCGUAA